AUGUCUACAGCAAAGUCUAUCGCCAUCAUCACCGGCAGCACCCGCACCCCCCGCGUCGGCGUCUCUAUCGCCUCCUUCAUCAAGACCAUAAUCGAAACAAAUGCAAGCCUUGAAGGAAUAACUCUCUCAUCCAUCGACCUCGCCGACUUCAAGCUUCCGGUCUACGACGAGCCCAACGUCCCAGCUAUGAUUCCCGAUCCUGAGAGUUACACUCAUGAGCACAGUAAACGCUGGGCAAGGGAUAUUGCUCGUCAUGACGGAUAUGUGCUAAUCAGUCCCGAGUACAACUACGGUAUACCAGGUGGAGUGAAAAAUGCCAUUGACUAUAUUUUCCAUCCAUGGAAGGGGAAGCCUAUUGCUUUGGUCACAUAUGGUCUCAGUGGAGGCAAGCAUGCAUCUGACCAAUUGGAGUAUAUCCUAAGCAGGAUGGGUCUUAAGGUUGCCUCUGUUCGACCCCAACUCCCCUUCAUCGGUGGCCCAACAGGUGCCGACACUGGAGCAGCCAUGAUCAGUGGAGAAUUGGGCAAGAGCAGUCUGGAUGAUUGGUCUCAGAGGCUGACUGAAGAUAUUAUCAAAGCUUUUGAGGAGGUUCAGAAGGCUGUUGUUGCCUGA